CUUUAUUCGUGUAGCUAAGACAGGGGUUCUCUCCUUAUGAUCGUGCAGUCGCCCUUCUUUCGGUGGCACAGCUUCAUUAUGUCAUUUUGAGCGCGAGCGAUGAGUGCGAUGUUGAUCUGUGUAAUGGUGUCGCUCUCGAGACUACAGCAUCCGCACUUGUUCGGUUGCCGUUGCGCCUUGCAAUACUUCGAUUCGGAACGGCAGAGCAAAUGUAAUUAGAGAACAUAAGAAGUCCUUCCGCCUCUGCUCACUGAAGACUAGUAACAGUAAGUGUAUUGCUCGACAAAUAUAUAUCUUCCGUCCACUGCAUGGCCCUCACCACCGCCGCCGCGGUCGGCAACUUCGCCGGCGCCGCCGGCGAUGUCGGCGACACGGUGCACAACAUCGGUCAGGCCGAAAGUCUUUCCGACUUGGGCUCCGGGUUGAAGGGCUUCGCAGACAGCAUGGAGAACGCAGAAAAGUCAAUGCAGGACCUCAACCCCAUUUUGAAUCAGCUUGCGCAGGCCGCCGGUGCGGACAAGGGCGGGCGGAGUUUGGAAGAUACAAUACCGCUCUGCAAACCUUGGUACGUGAUGGGCGCGGUCGAGAAUUUCCAAGACUAUCUUUUAGUCUUGCAGAAGCAGCUCUGGCGGCUGCAUAACCUUUAUCCUGAUGCCCAGGUUGUCAACAACGCAUUUCUGGACUCUGCGAAAGUGGAACUUCUUAUCGCCCCGUUGGCGGGAAAGGGCAUGCUCAACCGGGUAACGAAAGCAGAGAUGGACCGAGUCGAGCAGCUGCGCACCUUUCUUGACGGAGAUUUCGGGAAAUCGGUAAAAGCAGGGAUCAGCGGGAUUGAGCAGUUCAGCGGGGCGCACGGCUCAGCGACGUCAGCCAAGAACGGAGUUUCUCUAGGAAAAGUACGUAGCGACGCGAAACUGGACAUCGGGUAUGCAAAAACCAAGGAGGAAGCUGCGUCGAGCGACAGACCGCCUUUGGAAAAUGAAAUCGAGAUCGACGAGCCGCUAGCUUUGACGUACCACGACGGGAAUCGAUUUCAGGGUCUGAAGAAGGUUAUCGUAGACACCCUGGAAAACAUGAAGGCUGCGCUCAAAGAUGUCCAUCGGGCGUCGGAGCCGUGUCGGCUCAGCAACUUUUAGUUUCGUUUGCUGGUUUUUGUUUCAAGGUAAAAAUGAAUAGAAGAAGAGAACAUGCAGUUUCUGUUUCACGUGAAACAUUUGGUUUGAUUUUGCUGAACUGUCGAUAGUUGUACCAUCAAGCCAGUAGUUACGAGAAAGAGCAGGCUUGCUCUUCUGUGUUUCAGCAGCCUUUA